GCUGAAGAGCCUUUUUAGAAGAGAAUGAUGAAUGACUGACCUGAAAUAAUAAAUAUCAUAACUGCCUGUGUAAUUUUUUAUUUGUGUGUUAUACGGUCUUUAAAUAAAUAAAGGUUUCUUAAAAAUGCCGCUAAUAAUCAUGACAGGAAUACCCAGUAGUGGAAAAACUCAUCGAACACUAGAAAUAAAAAAAUAUUUCGAGGAAGAAAGAAAGAAAACAGUACAUGUGGUUUCUGAAUUUGAAGCCGUCACAAAAUCAGGUUAUUCAAAAAAUGAUAUUUAUCUUGAUGCCCAAAAAGAAAAAAUCGUUCGGGGCAUUCUAAAAUCUGAAGUUUUUCGAUUAUUGACGAAGGAUAAUGUUGUUAUUCUAGAUGGAGGAAAUUAUAUAAAAGGAUACAGAUACGAAUUAUAUUGUGGGAGCAAAGCUGCACGAGUUCCUCAAUGCACAAUUUGGACAUCUAUAUCUAAAGAUGAUGCUUGGAAGUUCAACCAAAAUUCCAACCUUCCAUAUACAAAAGAAGUUUUUGAUGAGCUUUGUUUUCGGUAUGAAGAACCUAAUCCAACAAAUCGUUGGGAUUCUCCUUUAUUUGCAAUAUUUCCUGAGGAUGAGUGCAAGUUUGAUGAAAUUUAUAUUAGUGUAUUCGAAAAGAAGCCACCUGCUCCAAAUUUAUCAACACAAAAUCCCCCACUGAGUGCACCAAAUUUUCUUUAUGAAAUGGACAAAAUUACUCAGGAUAUAGUUGGAAAUAUCAUUACAAAUCAGAAAAUGGGCAAUUCUGGUCCAUAUAAAUUACCAGGUAAUAAAAGUGUAGUUAUAAACUAUCCCAGCGACAUUACAAUUGGACAAUUAUCAAGACUUAGGAGACAGUUCUUAACAUACAGUAAAAUGCAUACAAAUACUUCUAGUAUAGAGAAAAUUCCACAAUUGUUUGCCCAAUUUUUAAACUCUAAUUUAAAUUAAAGCCAGUGUACAGUGUAAGAUUUAUACAUAUAUAUUUUUUCUCUUGUAUAUACAAAGAUUAAACAUGUUUGUUAAAGCGAUUUUAUAAAAAUCUAUAAUAUAGUUUAUUUA